UCGAUUUCACAAUUCUAAUCGAGGCAACGAGCGCCAAGAUGGAGGAAGCAUGUGAAGAUUCUACAUGAAAAUAUUCCAUGAAAAUUUGAAAAUACCCCGCCAAGAUGCUUCAAGACUUUGAGUCGAAGCUGUACUCCAUUCUUGAGGAGUCUAUGCAUUUUCAAGCAGUUGAGGCUGUUUUUGCAGGCUUGACUAUACAAAAUCCUGAAGAUAAAGCAACCAGAAAAGAGAAAUUUCUGGACAGAUUCAAGGAACUAUGGACCACUGUGCCUGCUACUGAACAUGAUGGCGUGGUUUACAGUAUUGUUGCGUUUGCUAAUGAGCAAAAGACUCACGCAAGAUUAGAGUAUCAAUAUGAACUAAUUCAACUGCUUGUGGAAAGAGGGUUUUUUACUGCAAGACGAGUCUGUGAAACAAUUCUUUCAUCUCCCAAAUUUACAUUCAAAGAAGAGAAAGUUUGGCAUCAUGGAUGUGACUUUAUUUAUCAUUCAGUAAAGCAAAUGGAUUACAGGGGUGUUCGAACAAUAUUUGCUUUGAUGUUAAACAAAAUUAACGAUAUUCCUGAUGUUCUGAAAGAGUCAGACAAAAGUUUACUCGAUGACCUUAAAAAGGUUGUCUUUCUUAUUGUGAACAAAGAUUCCUGUCUGCUGCCAACAUACAUCGUGGUAUAUGAGAUAUACAAGCUGUAUCCAGUUGACAAUUUUCAUCCUCAUUGGGCCUUUGGUAAAGCCUUUACGGAUUUCAUAUCCGGCUUCAAGCCUCUCGCUCAAAUAGUCACAAUAACAGGUCGACCGUCACUGCUUCCGAUCGUUGGUCAUUCAAGCGCUUCAGCAACGGCCUGGAAACUAGAACCAUCAACUCUCAAAUUCGCCUUGAAGGGUCCUUUGCCUUACAGCAAGGAUCUUGUCGAGCCGCAAAGGGACCUUGUCCAAUACACGCUGGCUCAACCGUAUUCAAGAGACCUCGUCUGCAACAUGCUAGGGCUAAAUAAACAGCGAAAAGAACGGUGUCAGGCUUUAGAGGAACUCCUGGCUGGUUUGAUAGUUGUUGCAAUGGAGAGAUCUGAAAACGAGGCAGACGGUGAUAAAUCAAAUCAGUUGUUAUGGCAACAUCUCUCAAGUCAGCUGAUUUUUUUCGUCCUGUUUCAAUUCGCAAGCUUUCCACACAUGGUGAAUCUGCUACACGAAAAAUUAUCUGAAAGAAGCUUGUAUAUGGGAAGAGACCAGCUCAUGUGGGUUCUACUUCAGUUCAUAUCCGGAAGCAUUCAAAAGAGUCCGUCAAGUGAUUUCAUGCCGGUGAUAAAACUCGUCGAAACUCUGUAUCCAGAUGAUGAGCCUCUGCCAGUACCUGACGUCACAAAGCCAGAAUCAACUGCAGCACUUGCUGUCGCUUGCAUCUGGGUGCAUUUGUCGAAGAAGGCCCAAAUCGAGAACCAGAACAUUAUACGAACUGCGCCAAGGCUUCUCCAGAAUCAGCUGACUUUUCUUAAAGAAUGUUUAGCGAGCAGACCGUCCGAGCUGCAGGAUUAUAGAAUCGUCAUACUUUGUAAUGCAUACAGCACAAAUGCUGACAACUUCUCGCAUCCGUUGGGCAUACUCGUCGACACUUGCUAUGGAAACGACCAAUCAACGGUGACUCUACCGGGCGAAGUUCAAGCAGCCGGUCCUAUCGCUCCUUGUCCAAUGGAAAUGUUGGAUUCGCUUACAGUUCAUGCCAAAAUGAGCUUGAUUCAAAGCAUUGUAAAUAGAGUAAUAAAGCUGGCAAAUGCACAAUCGGGUACAGCACUAGCUCCUGCCUUGGUUGAAACAUAUAGCAGACUGCUUGUUUACAUGGAAAUUGAGCUUCUUGGAAUAAAAGGAUUUAUAAGCCAACUGCUGCCGGCUGUCUUUAAGUCAAAGGCUUGGGGGAUACUGCACACGCUACUGGAGAUGUUCAGCUACAGGUUGCAUCACAUACAGCCUCAUUAUCGUGCCACAUUGCUGUCUCAUCUGCAUACAUUGGCCACGGUACCAUUCACAAAUAACCAUCAACUUCAUCUAUGUUUUCAGAGCACAGCAUUGCGAUUGAUAACUGGCUUUGAGAGUUCCGACGUUCAACCGCAGUUUUCCAGCCCAAGAAUAUCUCAGGACCCAAAACAGAUUCUCUCAAAGGACUAUGAAGAACUUAACCGUGUUUUGAUUCUAACGAUGGCACGUGCUGUUCACGUGACAGGUUCAGAAACAUUGCCACUUAGCUGGUGUGAAGAUGUUUUGAAAGCUGCGAUAGGAGUGACUCCUCACAAAUGGGCCAAACACACACUUUUAUGCUUUCCCAAAGUUUUCCAAAAAUUUUACUCAACAAACAUCUGCGAAUGCGAACGAAAGAUCGAUCUCAGAAGAAGAGUAGAAGAGAAAUAUAAACUUUUCAAAGAAAUGACAAACGAGAAGGACAUUGUGAAUUACUUCGCUGGGUCAAACGCAUCGGAUGUAUUCUUGUGCGUCUUAUGGAAGAUACUUUUUGAUACCGACACAAUACCCACUCUUUGCCACAGAGUGCUUAUGGACAUCGGCGCGCGAGCUUUGUCUACGCAUAUUAGAGUUUUCGCUGACUUUUUAGUCUAUGAAGUCUCCACCGCAGUGGCAGGAGAGGAAGUGAACAUCUGCAUUCAACACUUGAAUGAUAUGGUUUGGAAGUAUAACAUUUUCCCAUUGGAUCGAUUAGUGCUUAGCAUGGCCCUACGUCACCAUGAAGGCAACGAGGCCCAAGUCUGCUUCUUUAUCAUCCAGCUUCUUCUGCUCACUCCAUCCUUCAAAACACGUGUCAAUGCAUUUGUUAGAGAGAAUUCUCCCGAUCAUUGGCGACAGAAUGACUGGCUGAAAAAACACGUGGCUUAUCACUUGCAAUACCCAGAGAAACUCUACUUCGAAGGCCUGUUUGAAGCAAACAAUAUCAAGCCACCGCAAACUUCAUACCUGCCCAUGUACUUUGGUAAUGUCUGUCUCAGAUUCUUACCGGUAUUUGAUAUUGUGAUACACAGGUUCCUAGAACUACCGCCAGUUUCCAAAUCACUUGAGAGUCUUCUCGAUACGCUAGGAUCCCUCUACAAGUUUCAUGAUCGUCCAAUUACAUACCUCUAUAACACUCUGCACUAUUUCGCACAAAAACUCAAAGAUCGACCGACUGUCAAGAAGAAGCUCGUAGAAGCCAUUAUUGGUGCCCAGACUCCUUGUCAUCCCCCAGGCUGGGCUUUAUCGCAAGGUUUCAUUGAAUACCUGUCUCGCACCGAGGAUAUCACGUGGGCGCCUGAUCACGCAUACUUCUGCACUCUGAUUGGUCGCCUUGUUGACACGAUUUCCGGGAAGAUGCCUUCGCCAUUUCCUUCCUGUGACUGGCGUUUUAACGAAUUUCCCAAUCCGACGUCACAUGCCCUCCACGUGACGUGUGUUGAGUUGAUGGCCCUGCCAAUCAAAGGCGAGCAGGUCGGAGAAGCAUUGUUUAAUGUUCUCUAUAAAAGUAGUGAGAAAAGCCGAGAGCUUGGAAUUCACAAAAAUAUCAUGUCUUGGAUCAAUGCUAUCGCAGUGGUUCUUACUUCCUUACCGGAAUCAUCUUGGAUGAUCGUCAACAACAAAGUUUCGGAAGUUCUCAAGAAAGACUUGGCCUUAAUGACUUUUACUACGAUGUCGUCACUGCCUUCCUUCUUCGAUUUCACUGCCAAUCAGGCAUUGCACUGUGAGAACCAUGCUGAUUAUGUGCUUGCAUUGUUUCAUGCAUUUUGGCAUCACUCAAGCAAUGGCCAGUUUGUCCUUCUUCCAACGUUCCUGCAAGUGCACUUCAAACCAUUGAUCAACAACGAAGCUCAGUUGCUCUACAUAUUAGCACUCUUUGGUCCAUUCCUCCAGCGGUUUGGCCUGGAGAGAACCCGAUGUCUGUCUACGGUCGCCAGUGAAAUCUACUUCAUUAUCGAGCUGGUCUGUCGAGCAACAACACACUUCUACUAUGUCGAUGUCAUAUGUGACUUUCUAUACCACAUGAAAUAUAUGUUUGUUGGCGAUGAAACAAGAGAUAUUGCUGAGCGAACUAUAGUCAAUUUUCACGAGUCUUUUCAAAACCGCCUCAAGUUCAUGACAGCGGCAGCGAGACGAGAAGAGAACCAAACCAAUCAGCAAGCGAAUUGAAAGGGAAGAGGUACGGUUUAAUCGAAGGAAACACAAAAAUUCUUGCUUUUGUCCUUCUACAUCAGUCUCCAGAGUGAAAGGCGAGAACCGAAUUGGAGGUGCUGUUGAAGCGAUGGGUUUCGUGCAGAGGAACAGUUCAUGUUGUCAGACCAUGCAUGUGGAACUUUGUUAAGUCCUUGAUGCUUUGAGCUUUUUGAGGCAAACAGACCAAAAACCUGAAUAGCAAAGCUAUCUUUUAAGAAUAAGAAGAGGCGCAUAUGGCAUUUGCCUUGACUAGACCCUUGGUGGGUCAUAUAUCAAUUUCGUCGUAUUGACACAACCAUGUCCCCUCUAUACCGAUUGUAGUUCACCCGAUUAGCUUUGAUUAAGACGGCUGUGGUACAAUUCUUAAUGCAAAAUGCAUUAUAAGAUCAUUUCUAACAGCCAAAUGCAUAUAUUUCUUUAGUCAGUGUCUUGCUAUCCUUUUAGGAGCUGUGAAGUACUGAUAUCAUUGAACCCCAGCAACGCCACGAAUUUGAAAUGUAACAAUUUCAGCAUAUUGACAUAAAGCAAGAAGUAUAUGUUUAAAGAUCCAGUCUAUUAAUAUUUAUUCAAGUUGCCAUGGUAUUUGACUCCCACGUGAAGAGGUCAGGACCCUCGUGACCUCAUGAGAUCAGCAUAGAAAUAUCGAGAGACUUAAAACCACAAUGUUCGAGCCACGGGUAUUUGAAGGGAAAUGUUGGCGGCCUAUUCGUUGAAUAAACAAAUUGGAGAAAGGAAUGUUGAAUCCAUCUGUUUUGAGCAACCAGUGUGCUCCAGUAGCUCAAAAAUGAACUUGACCGAUGUUAUUCUGGCGUUUAUUCAUUAAUCUAAUUAGAUUUUUAAUUAUAGAGUACUUGAAUUUAAAAAAUCACUGGUUUUUUUAUGUAAAUGCGUCUCCUAGGCAGUUCUUGUUCAUGACAGUUCUCACCCAGCCAACGAGAGAUGGCUGAAUGUUCCUUAAUGAAUGUUUCCAAGGUUUUCCUACCAGGUGCCUGGACUUCACUCGCCUACACUGGCAUGGUAUAAAACUGACUUUCUGAGGCAGUGAGUAAAUCUUUAUUCCGGAGCUCGUUUGUAAUGUGAGAAAUGCAGCGCGGGUUAUUUCAAAGGUAAGAAUGUUUUUACACGAAGAUAAAGAAAUUCAUGUGUCAGCAGACUUUGUAAGUAUUAUGAAUUCUCACGAGAUACAAUCCGGGCAGUGACAAAAUCCUUCGGGAAACAAAAUUCCUUUCUUUUUAAAAGACUGGUGGAUUUUUGUCCUCAUGAGGGAAUUUUCCUUUGUUUCACGUUCAAUUCUCUAUAGGUUUGUGCCCUUUGGUGCUCAGUGUUAUUACUUCAGUUUCUUGGCCAACGUUGCUCUGAACCAAUUCUUUAAAGUUGGUGAAAACAACCCAAAUUGCCCAGUUUUCAGAUGCUUAUGGAUAAACCUUAUUUGCAUUCAAAUGGUAUCAUUGGAAAUGCCUUCUUCUAGCAGUAAAGCCAGGAAUUUCAGAGGUGCGUUAUUUUGCUCAAAGUUUAAAUUGUAUCGCUGCGGUUUAGAUAUCUUUUAUUGCUACAGAAAUUGUUUCCUAAGCUGAGAUAUCCGGGAACUCAGAUAAAGAUUCGUUCUAAGCUCAUGUAAUUCUGGUCAGAAAUACUUAUAAAUGAGGACCUGUGUUUGAUAAUUUACAAUUUUAUCUGGAGAAAAUUUCUUUAUGCUUUGAAUAUAAUUUGUAUCUCGAGCUCAAACUUUUUGUUAUAUAUGCUGUCGUAUUACACUCUGAAGAAUGUCAUACGGAAAAUUUAAGUAUGUUUUGAAAUGUUUGCUUUAUACAAGCCAUUUUUAAGUUAUGCGCCGCCAAAAGGUUGCUUCUAUCAGCCCUGCAUGUUGGUAAUGUGAAUUUAGUGAACACGUGACUGGUAUUCUCAGCGAAGGUCAUCGUGACGUUAUAGGCCUAGCGUAUAUUUGUCAGCAUCAAUCCUUUGCGCGCUGGAUAUUGAACAGACGUUUUCGGUGGCCGAGUGGAGGUUUAUAAGCUGCAUGUACAUAGAAGCAUAGGCGAGUACCUAGUAAUGGUAUUGUUAUAAGGGUUGGUUUAAUAUUUUAUUCGCAAAGUUACACGGAUGCAUUUUAUCUCAGGAGGCGAUAAAUAAAAUCAUGAAAACGGAUCUUUUGAUAGAGAAUUUCGAUUGCUAAAAGCACCUCCUUUGAUUUCUUAAAGGCAUUUGACGCAGGUAAAAGUGGCUUAGAUCCACUCGACUACGAGCGGUUGACCAAUCAAAUUUCGCACAGAGAAAAACACGUGAACAGUUUCCGCCUUUCUGCAAAUUGGUGAAAUCCUAGAGCAGCGCGCAGUGGUUUCACGUGAGCAGUUUCCAAUUACAUUCUUGUGUGCGUGCUCUGAUCAAGUUAUUUUUGGAUUCGCUGUACUUAUGCAUGUCAAAUGCCUUUAAGUGCUUUGCCCCCUCUCAAAAUUUCCAAAGGGGAUCAUGCUCCCACGCUCUUUGGUUUUUGGCGCCUAUGCACAAACGUUUAUGUUAGCAUCAACUAACGUCGUGUCUUAUUGCCCAUUUUGCAAGUUAAUAUCCUUGGCUUAUUACAGCAGCCUAGACUUGAACACAAGAAAUAGACCAGGUGUGCAAUUCUACAAAUCCUCUGGGCUUUCGUAACAGUUAAUACCGUUUUGAGGCAGCAGAUCGAAGAUUAAUUCGGUUAGGCCCACUUGUUAUGGAGGAAACAAUUAAUAUUUGCGCGUGCCUAUUAAAUCUUAAAUUCUCUUUCUGAUGCAGAUUACAGGAUGUAAAAUAUUUGAAAAUAAGGAUUUACUUUUCUAAAUGAAGGAACGAGUGUCUUUGCUUAACUAGAUCAUCUUUCAAUGAGUAUUGUUCAAGACAUUUUGUAGCUUUGAAGAUAACAUGGUAAAACUUUAAUCUAGAGUACGUUAAUUUCAACCUAUGUUAUAACAAUUAAGUAAAUUCCCGUUGCCAUUCUCGUGCGAAUACAGUAUAAAAAUAGAGACUUCUAUUUGGAAUAUUUCAUAACGAAGUCUUUCUGUUUUGCUGUUCAAAUCAGGACGGUUUCUUAUGUGCUACUCCGCGUUUUACUCCUGAUUGGCGACGUUCGGUCAGGUCG